AUGUCUACGCUGGCUUCUGUUGAUCCUAGCAGCGCGAAAGCACCUAUUCUCACUCAGGGCAACAUCUCUCCAGCGGUAAUGAUGGAUUUUGAAAACGCAGCCCUUGAUUUCUUCGUAUCCAAGUCCAUCCCUGCCGACAAACAGGUGACUAUGAUUAUCCCUGGGAUCAAGGAUCUUCACAUCCGUGACUGGAUUACUGCUGAACGCGCUCGCAUCGUCGUCCUACCUUUUGCGGAUUUCAUUACUGAAAUGAGAGCCAAUUAUCUUCCCCCUGAUUGGGAAGAUCAAGUGCGUAACGAGAUCUUGACUUCAACACUCGCUGCUUCCAAAACGUCUUUCUGGAACUGGUCGCAGAAGCUCCUUAAACUGAACUGUCUACUUCGAGGCAUGCCGUCUGCUUUUGAUGAAGCAGCAUUGCGCAAUCAUCUGGAAGCACAUCUCGACGACGAACUCAAAGCGAAAGUCAGGCAUAGCGACGCUCACAAAGACAAGGUUUUUAAAACCUGGGUUAUAGCUGUCCGCCUCCUUGACGAAGCCCGUGCUCUUGAGACCAAGCGCCAGCAUGAAUUAAUUGAGGAAACGCUCACUCAGCGCCAAUCGAAACGCCAGAACACCAACAACGAUACCUUACGAGGCGCAUCACGCCGUGCAAAUACUUCUCAAUCCAAUACCUCAGCUAGUGGCUCGUCCUCUUCUUCCUAUACCCGUCUUCCCACCCUCACAGAGACGGAGCGCAAUCUCCUUCAUGAACAUGAUGGUUGUACCAAGUGCUGUCGCUUCUACGCCGAUCACAGGUCCCGUGAUUGUCCUAACGGUUUCCCUGCUGGCAAGAACUAUAAGACUCUAACUACCGCAGAUGCUAUGACUGCUAAGAAGGGCAAGGCAGUAGCUAAACCUACUACCAAGCCCGUCGCCGCUACCAGCGCAUCCAUCGAAAACAUCGACUCUGAUGACGACAUUUCUGCGGCUACAGCAAUUUUACCCAACUCCCUGGGAGAAUAUAACUCCAAUUCGGAUGGGGGGGAUUUGUCACGUCGUGAGGUGAGUCCGCUGAUCUGUGGCAAACAUCUGGUUUGGAAUUGCCAAGCACAUAGCUUAAUUGAGGAUUUUCCAGUGAAAACACGCGUGUUGAUUGACAACGGCACGCACCUGGUCCUCAUUCGCCCCGAGCUUGUAGAACGCCUUGGACUGAAAAUGCAUGAUUUGGCAGAACCUGAACUCGUAGAUGUCACAUUCAACAACCAGCAGAAGAAAACAAAACUGUACCAUUAUGUUAAAUUGUUUCGCCCUGAGCUUGUAGAACGCCUUGGACUGAAAAUGCAUGAUUUGGCAGAACCUGAACUCGUAGAUGUCACAUUCAACAACCAGCAGAAGAAAACAAAACUGUACCAUUAUGUUAAAUUGUUUUGCCCCGAGCUUGUAGAACGCCUUGGACUGAAAAUGCAUGAUUUGGCAGAACCCGAACUCGUAGAUGUCGCAUUCAACAACCAGCAGAAGAAAACAAAACUGUACCAUUAUGUUAAAUUGUCCCUCACUUCGUUAGACUCGUCUUGGACCUCGUGCACCGUUAGAGCCGUCGUCACUCCUGGCCUCUGUGCCCCCAUUAUUCUCGGAUUACCCUGGCUCACCAUGCCGCUCGUACUUGCAUAG